AUGAACGCUUUUUUUGGACUACUCGGUCGCAUUCUCGGUUUUAAGGAAGAAGAUGGUCAUCACCAUCGCCAAAGGAAUGAACCAGAAGGAACGAAGCAUUCGCAAUCCCUCGACCCGAUCAGGCCUAAAAGUGAGCCAACUUUGAGCGGGACUGCUGGUGGCUCAGCUCAGUCUUCUCAGGUCACAUCUCCUUUCAAAGCAGUCCCUUCCGGUUCUCCAAAACCAUCCCCUUCUGUAUCAAAGCCGUCAACCGCCGCUUCUAGUGACCCCUUCAAUGAUUCGAAAAUAUUAAAUCUUUCUCAGCUUUGUGAUUCGAAAAUAUUAAAUCUUUCUCAACUUUCUCGUUCGAAAACAUCCUCGCCAAGUCCAUCUCCUUUCAAAGCAACCCCUUCGGCUUCUUCGUCGAAAACAACCUCUCAUACCCCAAGAGCGCAAGAACGUUCUGCUAAACAAUUCAAGGCAGUCCUAAGUGCAGUUUCCCCAGUUUCACCGAAUCAGCAAAAGGAGACUGUUUAUGUUCAGAAAGAUACUUCCCUCAUUUACAACAUCCCCGAGGACAUUAAAGAUUUGAUAAAGCGAGACAUUGUGCCUGGGGUUCUCCAGAAACCACUAUCUCCAUCGACCUAUAAGGAUUAUUUUGCAGCUCUUCUAUAUGCAGAGGACUUCUACAUUGAGAAAUGGACUGAUUUCAUUCUGAAGGAUGUCACUUUGGAGCUGCAUCAUUUGACUAUUAACAAGAAUAUAGGGGACAAUGAUUUCUCCAGGGAGAAAGUUUGUGUAACUUUUGUCGAAUUCAAGAUGGAAUCUAUACCUGAGCGUCGACCCUACCUUCUAUCAAGGGAUUUUGUUUUUGCAAAGCCCCUGGACAAGAGAGAUACACAGUUUCAGGGUUUUGUAUAUCGAGUGAAGAAGAGUUCCAUCAUCUUAGCAGAGUUUGGAGAUGAUUUUCACUCCCAGCAUCAUUCAAGCAGCAGAUACAACAUCAGCUUUUCUUUCAAUAGAGUUUGCUUGAAGAGAGCUCAUCAAGCAGUUGAAGCCGCCACCGAUGCUUCAUUCCGCAACUUGCUUUUCCCCGAAUGUCCAUUUAGACAUGAUUUGUUUGCCUUGCCAUCUCUCUAUUUUUCAAACAGCGUGCUUAACUUGGAGCAAAGGUCCGCAAUCCAUCAGAUUCUAACGCUCAAAGGUUCAGCACCAUUUCUCAUGGAGGGUCCUCUUUGUACAGAGGAUCAAGGCCUAUCAAGGGCUGGCGUAGUGGUUAGGGAAGCUGUGUGGCAAGUAUACCAACGCUCUAAAGAUUCUCGGAUUCUAGUGGCUGCGCCUAUAAACAAAACGUGCGAUGUUCUGAUGAGAAGCUUGAAGGAAGAAAUCCCAGACUCCGAAAUAUUUCGAGCGAAUGCUGCAUUCCGUGAGAUAGAUGCCGUGCCUGAUGACAUUCUCCCUUCGUGUUUUUAUAAAGAGGAAAGCGAGUGUUUUGCUUGUCCUCGACUCCAGGAACUCCAACAAUUCAAGGUAAUAUUCUCGACUUUUGUGAGUAGCUUCAGGCUACACAAUGAAGGCAUCAACGCAGGACACUUCAGUCAUAUUUUCCUCGUCGAUGCGUCGUCCACUUCCGAGCCAGAGGCAAUGAUUGUGCUAGCUAAUUUGGCCAAUGAGGAUACGACAGUUAUCGUUACUGGUGCACAAGGAGAUCGCUCGGGGUGGGUGCGAUCCCCAAUUGCUCGGAGGAAUGGUCUCCAGAUAUCAUACUUUGAGAGGCUCAAAGAAUUUACACCUUACAAGAACCUCAACCCUGCAUUCAUCGCCCUAUUGGACCCUGCGCCAGAAUCAGAUGAAACUAACAGCCAUUGAGUAUCAGUUGCUCUUGGAUACAAGAUCUGGUUACUUAAGAAUCCUCUUGAUGUGCUUUGUUUUCUCAUAUCCAUGUUUGAACUGAGUUGCAUGAGAAAGGGAUAAAAAUUACGUAUGUAGCAGUAUCUAUACAAUUUGCCCCUAAUAAAUCGAGCACUUGGUUUUCUGUUUGUA